GCGACGCCCCUCGCAGAACGGCGAGGAUCAAACGCUAAGAUCAGCAAUACCCCUUUUUCUUAUGGAAAUUAAACCCUGCCUCUCAGCCACACGUGGGCUUCAGAAAUGCAAAGAAGUUGAACGUUCAAGCAGGACACACUACAGACAGGGACAAGAUGUUGAGGACAAGCUGACCAGCGCAAGUUACUUCGCAUUUCGUAGGUCGCCUGUAUGCAUGUAUGUAGCCAGCGCAAUGACGGAUUCAAUGGGACGAUAGUCGAAUUAUUUUUUAUUGUAAAAAGUACGCUAUCGGAAUUCAAGUUUUUAUUAAUCGAGAGUUGUACACACUAUAAACAUAUUAAGCCGAGUCAUUCAUUUUCCUACUUAUGUAUAUUUACAAUACUUUCAUUGUGUUAUUUUCCAAAAUGACGAAUUUGGCACUCAGAAUAGUUUUCUGCGCGUUGGUCUGUGCAGUCUUUACGCACGCAUCUUGCCCUCCGCGUUGCGAAUGCUCUGAAGCCGCACAAACUGUCAAGUGCGUCUCGAAAGACUUGCGGAGUAUUCCAUCUGGAAUUCCUGGAUACACCAGAAAUUUGUUUAUCACAGGAAAUCAAAUCAGCCGAAUCGGACCGGAAUCUUUCAAAGGACUUGACAAUAUAACAACUCUGUCUCUGAGCAAUAACAGAAUUUCCACGGUGGAGUCCCAGACCUUCUCAGGUCUUCGCAGCCUACGCUCCCUAGACAUGAGCAGUAACCAACUAGCCGUGAUUCACCCCGAGGCUUUCACGGUGCACAGUCACAUCCUGCGAGAGCUCAACCUCAGCCGGGCCUUGUACAACCACUCUUCUGUGAUGGACCUGGCGCCCGCACUGCGCUGGAGCACACUGGGAAGCCUACAGGGGUUGGAUCUGUCGGGAAACGGCCUCAUCUACCUACCGUCUCACAUCUUCUCCCACUUGCAUGGCCUCCAGCGGCUCCAACUGGGAAACAACUCCCUGGUGGGCAUUUACAAUGGCACCUUCUCAGGGGUAGAGCAGCUAGAGGAACUGGACCUGAGCCUCAACGCCCUCAAGACCCUCAGAGCGGAAGGUCUGCAGGAGCUGGACAAGCUGUCCAGAGCCAGGGUCCUUCUGGGGGAGAACCCCUUCACCUGCACCUGUGGCAUUGAGAUGUUGGCCAGCUGGCUCAACAACUCUCAGGGACACAUAGGGGAUGUUGAUGGACUGGUGUGUGCCUUUCCAGCCAACUUGAGGAACACAUCCCUGUUGACCCUGGGCAAGCUGAGUUUGUGGUGCUACCAGGGGGGUGAAGGGGCAGAUCUUGCCCUCCAGACCUCCUAUGUCUUCCUGGGGAUAGUCCUGGGCUUGGUGGGCUUGGUCUUCCUCUUUGUACUUUACCUCAACCGCAAGGGCAUCAAGAAACGCAUCAAUGACAUGCGGGAGGCCUGCACAGAGGUCUGGGAGGGGUAUCACUACCGCUACGAGAUCGACUCUGACCCCAGACUAUCACAGGUCUCCACAGCCGCUGAUGUCUGACAGAACUAUUCACCCUUUCAUAAAGAUCUGACUUUUUUUCAAAGCAUUCAUUACAAGAUGAGGUCUGUCCAAAACUGUACAUAUACUGUCUGUAAAUAAUGACAUACAUUGGUGUUCUUCACGUCCCUAUCUAUUAAAGCAUGCACUGCCUGUCUUUCCUGUACGACCUCUCAACCUACUCUCUUUGAAUACACAAUGCUUUCCAGAACUUGCAACUCCCCUUAGCCAAAUGUACAUGACGUAAAAAGAGAAACUGAAAUUACUCUCAGCAUUGAUAGGACUCCUAAAGCUGGGCUGCCUCGUCCAACCAAUGGAAUAAAUAUAUAAUUUUUAUAUCACACAUUGUCAAAUCCUUCUUCAAUUGAACUAUGUUAGUACAAAAUUAAAUCCAUGCUUCCAUUACACUCGCGAAGCAAAGAUCAUCAGCUAAUGAAAUGCAGGUACUAUGACGCCAACCCUUGUGAAUUUUGAGCACAAUAUCCCAUUCACUGUUGAGCCAUUUAAAGCAGGACAAGCCCUUUGGUCUUCUGUCCUAUUGCCCCAGGGUGCCUGCAAAGAAUCUGAGGAGAUUAGCCCCUGCAGCAUUCCAAAGGGAGGAGAACUCCUCCAGGAGUCUCCCAAACAUGUAAGCUCUGGAUGGGAAAGGGACAAUUCAGUGCACAGCCAGGAACGGAAAUCUUUUGCCCCCUUUUUCAUGAAAGUUUGCUUUGUUUUAACUCCUCUACUUUUAUUGUCAAGAUGAUGAGAACCAGUCGUGGGCCGGGGCUGCUGAAAGCAAUCCCUCCUCCUUGAAGACAACAGCCGGUCUGGGGGCUCCUUUGAAGGAGAGCCUGGUGCUCCAGCUUUUUCUGUUUAGGGGACUUUGGAAUGAUAAGAUACAGAUGAUUCUGAAAUGCCAAAACCAUGGUUUACUUCAGUGGUAUACUCAUACGAGCAGAGGAGGUAAUGUGAGUCAAAAUAAUUUGACACACAUUCAUUUGGAAAAAAAACGUUUUAGACCAACUCUUUUUAGAGUGGUUUGAACAUCAUUUGAAUUGUAUGUUUCAGAUCAUAGUCUCAAAUCAAAAGUUUCCUUGCUCCCAUAGCAAAAUUCAUAAUGUAAGUCGAAUGAAUGAACAAUGCGUGUCUAUGUGUGCAAUGUAAUCCAUCCAAUAGAGUAUGUGUCAUGGUUUCAUUGGGUCAUGCUGGGAAAAAUAUAUGAUAUCAACUUUCUAAAAUGGAGAGAUGCUACUGUGUGUGUAUCAGAUAGCAGUGCCCUGCUUCAUUAUCCCUGUGACAAAAGCUGACUCAUCCCUCUGUGGCCAUUAUGAUGUAGAGUGUCAAAAAGACGGACCAAAUAACCAGCACCACUACAAAUGGCAUUGUUACGCCCAGGGAGAGCCCUGGGGGAGAGAGAGGAGAAAAAAAGGACCUGGUUUUUGCCUUUUUUUCUAUGAGAGCAUUUUAUUCAGAAUCCUGUUCUCUUGUCACAAAUAUUAGUGCAAUUUUUCUGAUAGUAAUCCAAGUAUGUUUUACAUAAAUUAGAAAGUAAGUCAGUUGAUCUGCAUGCUGCAAAUGACUAAAUAAAGAUUUUCA